GUCAUUCAGUUACCAAAUUUUACAUGGUAUCAAAGCUAAACCUGGGAUAUCACGUGAAACCCUAGGUCUACCGCUGCCGUCUCUCGUUCGCAGGUCUCUGUCUCCAGUUGGUCGCUGGUUUUCUUCUCCAGUCGUCCACACCGGCGAGUCGUCAGUCCAUCGCAAGUGCACCGUCCCAGUCAUAUGUCUUCCUCGGCGUUCCAAUUUCUGUCCGUCGCCAUGUUUGCCGAAGUUGCUGCCACAACGAAGAAAACCCGCUUGAUUCACGAUCCUUCAUCCAUAUACUAUCUCCACCCUUCCGAAGGUCCCGAUAACUCUCUCACUAAAUAUUUGCUGAAGAGUGAUACUUUUGACAUAUGGGAAAAGGCGAUUCUUAACGCUCUUGGAGGUCGUGGAAAAUCUGUUUUUUUGUCAUCCGUGGGGGUUCCUAAACCCACCGAUGAACAUGAGCUGUCUGCUUGGAGGAACGUCACAGGUCUAUUGUUCGUUCUCGUGACGAUCGCACCGACUCAGUGGCCUUUGCUGCACGGUAUGAUCGUUGUCCGCCGACUACCAGCAAAUUUCUGUGCUCACAUUAUGGUCGGACUAGUCACACGGUCGAAACUUGUUAUGAACUUAUUGGUUUUCCUACUCACUAUAACAAAGGUCCCGGUGGUCGUGGUUCUUCGGGCAGUAACCGUGGGGGUCGUGGAGGCCGUGGGGGAGGUCCAGCCGGUGGCCAUGGUGGGCGCGGGUCCGGCAAUACUCCAGCCGCUGGUCCAAGCAGUAGCCAGCCAGCAGUGACCACCAGCGGCAGUGGACCCCCCGCGGCAGUGCACGCAGCUUUAAGUGACGCGCAAUCUUCCCUCAGUGGUCAGAUGAGUCGACUUAUGUCUAUGUUAGAAGCCUCCGCAUCACAUACUUAUUCUGGUAUUCUCUCUUCUUGUGAUUGGAUUAUAGAUAGCGGUGCUUCACAUCACAUGACGGGCACUUUGUCACACAUGUUUGAUGUUGAGGAUGUGUCUUCUCAUCCUAUUUGUCUCCCCGAUGGCUCCCGGAUUCAGGCUACUAAAAAGGGGAGUGUCCG